AUGGCUGAUCCAGAAUAUAAGGAAAAGGACGGUUUGUCAGAAAAGACAGCUUUCUUGGACAACUCCCAGUACAAGCAUGCGCUUUAUGCCAAGCUUGGACACGCAGAUGUCAUGAGUGAGGAUGCGUCCUUGCCGGAUGUCGAGUAUCUUUAUGAAAAAGCCACCGAAAUGUCGACCGACGACGGUCUCAAGAUUCUGACCCAUGUCCUCGACGACCACGAAGGUGAUCCCAACUUUCCUGAAGAAGACUAUGAGGAGAUUGAAAAACUUGUUAAGGGAUACGACGAGUCACUUGGAGUGUCCUACCAAGACUGGGAUUUCCAAGUGCGGUUGCAUGCCACCUUGAACGAGCAUCAUUCUCCGUAUCCCGAAGUCCGUGCUGUCACGUCUCCAACAGAUGACCCAGAAAUUCCUUGUGAGACCAUUCGUGCCUAUUUUUUAGGCUUCUUGUGGUGUAUCGUGGGCACCGGUGUCAACGAGAUCUUUUCUCGUAGACAGCCAUCGCUCUACAUCUCGUCAUCUGUGUGUCAAAUGCUGAUGUAUCCCAGCGGGCUUGUGUUGCAGAGAAUCUUGCCAGACUGGGGAGUUACAAUUUUUGGUACUAGACACUCACUGAACCCUGGACCUUGGACUUAUAAGGAACAGAUGUUUGCUACGGUGAUGUUUGAUAUUGCGAUUGGCGGUAUGUAUGUUGGUUCCAACUUUUAUGUCGAAAAGCUUGACAUAUUUUAUGGCAAUAAGUGGAUCACAAUCGGUUACCAAAUUUUGAUUUCUCUUGCUACCCAGCUAUUUGGUUUCGGCUUUGCAGGAGUUUUGAGAAAAAUAGUGAUUUACCCAGUCAGAGCAGUCUGGCCGACUAUUCUGCCCACUCUCGCAUUGAAUCAUGCUUUGCUGAAGAAAGACAAGAAGGAAAAAAUCAACGGUUGGGUCAUCACUCGUUACAAAUUCUUUUUCAUUGUCUUUAUUUGUUCCUUCCUUUACAUGUGGGUUCCAGAUUACUUGUUCCAGGCCCUUUCCUACUUCAACUGGAUGACUUGGAUCAAGCCAGACAAUUUCAACCUUGCUGUCGUCACCGGUUCGAUGCUGGGGCUUGGCCUGAACCCAAUUGCGUCCUUCGAUUGGAAUAUCGUGGGCUACUGGCUGCCACUCGCUUUCCCUUUUUACACCUACAUGAACAUGAUGAUUGGCAUGUUUAUUGGCUUUUUCGUUAUUUUGGGACUCUACUACAGCAACUACAAGUGGACAGCAUACUUGCCAAUCAACGAUAACAACAUUUACACAAAUACUGGAGAACUCUAUGACGUUGAUAGUGUUCUCACAAAUGGAAGACUCGACGAAUCGAAAUACAAAUCGUAUGGUCCACCAUAUCUUUCCGCUGGAAUGUUGGUUAGUUGGGGAGCUAAUUGUGCACUGUAUACAUUUCUCAUCCCGUAUGUUUUAAUUUCUGAGAGCAAGACAUUGAUCCAAUCGUCCAAAGCUAUCUGGAACGACAUUAGGACAAACACAAACACUGUCCUGAAGGACCCACACUCUAGAAUGAUGGCCAAGUACAAAGAAGUGCCACAAUGGCUUUUCAUUGUUGUCAUGCUUAUGGCAUUGGUGUUUGCGAUUGUCUGUGUCAAAGUUUAUCCUGCCAACACCCCUGUUUGGGGAAUCUUCCUUGUCUUGGCUAUCAAUUUGGUCUUUGUCGUUCCUUUAAACGUUAUUUACGCAGUCACGGGUUAUUAUUUCACCUUACAAGUUUUCGUUGAGCUCAUCGUGGGAUACGCUAUUCCCGGGAACGGCGAUGCCUUAAUGUUUUUACAGGCUCUGGGUUUCAAUAUCACGGGUCAGGCACAGCAGUAUCUUUACGAUCAAAAAAUUGCGCACUAUGCCAAAGUUCCGCCAAGAGCAGUUUUCCGUGGCCAAUUCAUGGGGACUAUUUUCCAAAUUAUUAUUUCGUUGGUGGUCAUUAAUUGGGAGAUUAACCACGUCAAAGACAUCUGUUCUCCAGACCAGUCAAACAACUUUACUUGUCCGAGUGAAACGUCUUAUUAUUCCUCGUCCGUGUUCUGGGGUGUGAUCGGACCGAAAAGAGUGUUCAACAAAAUGUACCCUGUGCUUCCAUGGUGCUUCCUAAUCGGAUUUUUAUUAGCUCUUAUCUGCCUAGCUAUCAGGAAAUACUACCGCAGACAAACUAAGUGGUUUGAGCCAGCUGUUAUUAUUGGAGGAUUCCUCAAUUAUGCUCCAUAUAACUUGAGCUACUUCCUUCCUGGCUUGUACGUGUGUUUUGCAUUCAACCACUAUAUCAAAAAACGUUAUUCCGGCUGGUGGGAAAAAUAUAAUUAUAUUCUAGCUUCUGCGCUGGACGCUGGUGUUGCCUUUGGAGGCAUCAUUAUCUUUUUCGCAGUUCAGUAUCACGAAAAGGACAUUAAUUGGUGGGGAAAUUUGGUUUCCUACUCUGGAACAGACGCGAGUAUGGGACAAACAUCUUUAAAAGAUCCCUCUACUGCCCCUGAUGGGUACUUCGGUCUACGUGAACAAGACUUUUAG